AUGCUGCAGAGAGGCGACUGUGUGCGAGUCAAGCAACGAGAGAAAGAGAGAGAGAAGGGUAAAAUGAUUCAUCUGUCAACGGUGAAUUUGUGCUCGGAAUGAGAGCCCGCUGACUGACAUCCGGCCCGAGCGUGACGACGCACACUCUGGAGCAGCAUUAAUGCGCAGGGGGUGCACAUCUACGCGUCGUUGUGCCGUCGUAGCAGGUGGCGCUGCUUGUGUAAUCGUGUCUUUGCUGCCUGAUCCGAGCGUCCUUUCAGCACUGGACAGCGACCAGGACCACCGCGCAGCACCGAGGAGGUCCUGAGGCGGGUCCCUUCCACUGCCAGUCCGGCCCUCUCUUGGCUUGGGGCAAUGCGCGUCUAGAUGACUUCACUACAUCAACAAGCACCGCGGUAUCCUGGACUAAUAUAGCAGCACCACAUCCCCUCCUCUUCUCUCUCUCUCUCUCUUUCAUUCUCCCUCUGCCUGCCUCUUUCGCUCUCUUUCUCUCUCCAAUCCCUGAUCCCUCCUUCCAAAGGCACCAUGGGAAACCGUGGCAUGGAGGAGCUGAUCCCACUGGUCAACAAGCUGCAGGAUGCAUUCAGUUCCAUAGGCCAGGCGUGCAACCUGGACCUGCCGCAGAUCGCAGUGGUCGGUGGCCAGAGUGCAGGAAAAAGCUCCGUGCUGGAGAACUUUGUGGGCAGGGACUUUCUGCCCCGUGGAUCUGGUAUUGUCACCCGCAGGCCCCUGGUUCUGCAGCUUAUCAGCGCCAGUGCAGAAUGGGCUGAAUUCCUCCACUGCAAAGGGAAGAAGUUCACAGAUUUCGAUGAGGUUCGCCAGGAGAUUGAAGGCGAGACGGACCGUGUGACUGGUGCCAACAAAGGCAUAUCUCCUGUCCCCAUCAACCUACGUGUUUAUUCCCCAAACGUGCUGAACUUGACUCUCAUCGACUUGCCGGGGAUCACCAAGGUGCCGGUCGGAGACCAGCCUGCUGACAUUGAGCAGCAAAUCCGAGACAUGAUCAUGCAGUUCAUCACCAGAGAGAGCUGCCUCAUCCUGGCCGUCACUCCAGCCAAUACUGACCUUGCCAACUCUGACGCCCUUAAACUGGCAAAGGAUGUUGAUCCCCAAGGUCUGAGGACUAUUGGCGUGAUCACAAAGCUGGAUUUGAUGGACGAGGGCACCGAUGCCCGCGACGUGCUGGAGAACAAACUGCUGCCACUGAGAAGAGGCUACAUUGGAGUGGUGAACCGCAGUCAGAAGGACAUUGAUGGAAAGAAAGACAUCAAGGCAGCUCUGGAGGCAGAGAGGAAGUUCUUUUUCUCUCACCCAUCAUACAGGCACAUGGCCGACAAAAUGGGCACCCCACGCUUGCAGAAAGUGCUCAACCAGCAACUGACCAACCACAUUCGAGACACCCUGCCAGCCUUCCGCAGUAAGCUGCAGUCCCAGCUGUUGGCUCUGGACAAGGAGGCCGAGGAAUACCGGGGAUACCGACCAGAUGACCCAUCCCGCAAAACCAAGCAGCUGUUGCAAAUGGUGCAGCAGUUCUCUGUGGACUUUGAGAAGAGGAUUGAAGGUUCGGGAGACCAGGUGGACACCGUGGAGCUGUCAGGUGGAGCCAAAAUAAACCGCAUCUUCCACGAGCGGUUUCCCUUUGAAUUGGUCAAGAUGGAGUGUGAUGAGAAGGAGAUGCGUCGUGAGAUCAGUUAUGCCAUCAAAAAUAUCCACGGAAUCAGGACGGGGCUGUUCACUCCAGACAUGGCGUUUGAAGCCAUUGUGAAGAAACAGAUCAUCAAGCUGAAGGAGCCCUGUGUCAAGUGUGUGGACAUGGUGAUCCAGGAGCUGAUCAACACUGUGCGCCAGUGCUCCAACAAGCUGGAAUGUUUCCCAAGGCUGCGUGAAGAAACGGAGAGGAUUGUGACUUCUCACAUCCGAGACAGAGAGAGUCGAGCUAAGGAACAGGUUCUACUGGUGAUUGACAUUCAGCUCUCUUAUAUCAACACAAACCAUGAGGACUUCAUUGGCUUUGCAAAUGCACAGCAGAGGAGCAGUCAGACUAAUAAGAGCCAGAGUUCAGCCACAAACCAGGUCAUCCGCAAAGGCUGGCUGACCAUCAACAACAUCAGCAUCAUGAAGGGCGGAGCCAAGGAGUACUGGUUUGUGCUGACUGCCGAGAGCCUGUCCUGGUUCAAGGAUGAUGAGGAGAAAGAGAAGAAAUAUAUGCUCCCCCUGGACAACCUGAAAGUCCGUGAUGUUGAGAAGAGUUUCAUGUCCAGCAAGCAUAUAUUCAGCAUUUUUAAUACAGAGUCAAGGAAUGUGUACAAGGACAAUCGCACGCUGGAGCUGGCGUGUGACUCACAGGAUGAUGUGGACAGCUGGAAGUCGUCUCUGCUACGUGCUGGGGUCUACCCCGAGAAGACCACCACGGUUGAGAGUGAAACCACCACGACCUCGGAUAACUUCUCCAUGGACCCUCAGCUGGAGCGUAAAGUGGAAACUAUCCGUAACCUGGUGGACUCCUACAUGGCGAUUGUCAACAAGUGCAUUCGGGAUCUCAUGCCCAAGGCCAUCAUGCAUCUCAUGAUCAACAAUGUGAAGGAGUUUAUCAAUGCGGAGCUGCUGGCCCAGCUGUACUCUGCAGGUGACCAGAACGCGCUGAUGGAUGAGUCCCAAGAGCAGGCUCAGAGGAGGGAUGAGGUGCUGAGGACCCACCAAGCCCUGAAAGAGGCUCUGGCCAUCAUUGGGGACAUCUCAACCUCCACCAUCACUGUACCCAUGCCUCCACCUGUUGACAGCUCUUGGGUUGGUGGAUCAGGUGGUGGUCGCAGGUCUCCACCUCCGAGCCCCACUGCCCCGAGGAGGAUGUCUGCAGGCCAGCGCCCAGCGCCUCGUGGGGCCCCACCACCACCGAACCGUCCAGGACCGCUGGGGCCCUUCAAUAACAGCGCCGAGAGCCCUCAGGCUCCAAGCCGCCCAAACAGGGCCCCUCCGAGUAUCCCCAGUCGACGACCCCCGCCAUCUCCAACAAGACAAGUCCCGCCAUAAGACACCCAAAGAGGGCGCUCGUCUUCUUCUUCUUCUUCUUCUUCUUCUUCUUCCUGCCAUCCGCAUCCUCCUCCCUACUCCCCUAGCCACGGCUCUGCUGUCCUCUUCUCUCCUUAGUGCAGAUGUUCAAGUUGUGUCCCCCUUGACCCUCGACCUCCUGCCAGGUGACACGUCCAUAUAUCUAUGUACAGUAUUGUACUUGUCUUGUGGUGUAUGUUUAUGUGCGCUUGUUGCUCGCCUGUGGUCCAGGUAUGCUUUAGCAGAACCACAUUCUAGUAUCGGUCACGAGUACCUCUUUCUCGCCUCGCCAAGUCAGCCACCACCACAACUUGCUGCUUCAACAUGAAAACAUGCGCGGCAAUUUGUGCCGCCCGACUCAUUCCAGAAUGCAGCAUGGCACACGCGCUGCUUUUAUUGCAUGGGAUGUGAGUGUGUACGUCGAAUGCGUGUGCGGAUGUGUUUUGCGUGUAUGGGGAGGGGGGGGAGUGAGUCAUUUGCCUAUAUGUAGGCUUUCAUUCAUUUAGUAUUAAUUUAUUGCAUCACCAACCCUCCCCCGCCCAUAAGUGUUAAUUAUAAGCCUAUUGUUCUCUUAGGAACACAACUUGUAUCUUAGUAUAUGUGCGUGAGUGUGUGUGCGUGUGUGUAAACGUGCGUUUGUGUGCGAGUAAUACACCCAGUGUGUGUACGAGCGUGUGAGAGCACAUAUGCAUACAGUAUGUGGUCCGUCUGCACGUUUGUUGCUGUUUGAGUUGUAUUUAUUUUCAUGUUCGAUGCCGUCAAUGAUGACUCAUAAGCCCCGCGGGGGGUGAAUUGACUUGGAUUUUUGUGAGAUGUUUGUGUGUCGUAGUAGCAGCCAUACACACAUAGCAAGGCUGAGGAGCACCAUCGGUAUUCUCUAUAUGAAAACAACCUCAAUAAUACAUUUAACCUUGUCAUAGGUGUCCACCUGUGCUGUAUCAAUGGUCAAGUUGUGACCCUUGAAGCCUUAAGCUCAGAUGCAGAUGCUGACUGCUGGCGUGGCUGGAACGCUGAUAUCACCCCGGGAUGAAGAAAGAGCGUUAUUUGACCUGUUUCCUUUGAGCCUUUAUCUCAGGUUUGAAACAUGCAACUCUUUUACUUUAUUCAACCCCCCAACCCCCCCCAAGGCUUUCUUUUACACACACACACACGCUCAUCAAGCCAGUCAGUCAGCAUUUGCGUUAGAUCUUAAGCAGCUUUUGUCAAUGUUUAAGUGCUUCUCUGUCCGUUUGUUAACGUGUAUAUGAGCCUAAAAUGUGUUCGGAUGUAUAUAGGUAUCAAUAAGGAAAUACUGUACCUGUGGACUAUUAAGACCUCACAAUGGAUCCUAGCGCUUUAAUGAUUCUCUGUGUCUAUUCAUGAAACACUAAUUUAGACUGCCUAACCGGCAUGAAUUAUAAUUCUAUAUUGCCAAAGCUGAAUAUGAAGAGAGAAUUUGCAAUGGUAAAAAAAAGAACAUGACUGAAACGGUUCCAGUUGAGGUGAGAUGGAAGUGUUUCGCAGAGUGCAUAAUGGGAAAUUGCAUCUAUUGUUAUUUUCUGUGUCUCUGUAUUGCUCCUCAAUAAAAAUGUCUUACUUCUUCAA